UUGGCCGCCUUCAUGCCGCUGAUCCAUUACAACUGCUCCCGCCACCUGAGGUUCUUCCUGUGUGCCGUCUUCGCGCCGGUCUGCUCCGAGUACGUGGCCAUGCAGAUUCCGGCGUGCAAGCCGCUCUGCCUGUCGGUCAGGAUGGACUGCGAGCCGGCCCUGACCAGUCUCACUCUGCCGUGGCCACACAUGCUGGACUGCGAGCGGUUCCCCGACAACGGGAACACGCUGUGCGUCCAGCCGCCGCCCGAGGAAGCCCUUCCGGACGUGGCGCCACCUGUCCAGCCGCAACGGGCCGCGGUUCCCGCGCACGAGGUGCAACCGGUACAACCGAUGCAGACCAGGGCCAACCGGCACCACCAGUGCCCGCCGCAUUUCGUCCAGACUCCCUACGUUGAAACGAUAACGUGCGCGCCCCGCUGCGGAGCGGAUGCGUAUUAUCGCGCGGAAGACAAAAGAUUCGCCGAACGCUGGAUGACGGGCUGGGCAUGGCUGUGCUUUCUGUCGACCCUCUUCACUCUUCUGACGUUCUGGGUCGAGCCGUCCAGGUUCCGCUACCCGGAGAGGCCGGUCGUCUUCCUGGCACUGUGCUACAACUUGCUCUCCGUGGCCUACAUCGUCCGCGGCGCCGUAGGUACGGAGAAUCUCAGCUGUGCGACCCAAGAGGAUGGACCCAGCUAUGUCCCGGUCCAUGACGGUCUGAGAAGUAUCCCUUGCACGAUUUGGUGGCUCGCGAGACACUAUUUGGGACUGGCCAGCAACACUUGGUGGGCAGUCUUGUGUGGCUGCUGGCUCCUCAGCGCCAGGAACGAGUGGAGUAGCGAAGCACUGCACAAUAUGGCGCCUUAUCUACACGCCACCGCUUGGGGACUCCCAGUCCUGCUUUCAGCCGGCACCCUGAUCUCGAGGAGCGUUGCGGCCGACGAGCUGACUGGGCUCUGCCAGAUAUCGGACGAGUCGGCGAUCUGGCUGGAGGUUCUCCCUCAUGCUACGCUUCUUCUCCUUGGUUGCAUAUUCGCCGCAGUGGCCGGGCUGGCGCUGGUUCGCGUGCGGAAGGCAGUCAGAUCAGCAGGUCGCAGCGCGACCAAGCUGGAGAGACUCAUGACCAGACUGGGGAUCUUCGCUCUGCUCUACGCCUUGCCAGCAUUCGGUGGACUGGCCUGUGCUCUCCACGAGUCUUCGGUUCGACCCAGAUGGCGCACUCUGGCUCUGCUGGCGGCCCUGGACUGCCGAUCCGUGCAGAACUGCGUGCCAGGCCCGGUGUAUCGGGCAGCCGGCCUGGAAGUGGCGCUGCUCAGGCUGUUCCUGUCGCUGGUCGUCGGCGUCACUUCGGGGAUGUGGGUCUGGUCGGGGAAGACCUGCAGGGCGUGGAGCAAGCUGCUGGCUGCGCCCAGCAAACCCCUCAGGCCACCCCAAGGGCCCCAGUCUGUCGGUCAGAACGUCUUUCAGAGCUUCAAACCGGACGCCAAUAAUGUUGCGUGAAGAACAGUGAUGUGACGAGUCGAGCAUUUUAACUCGUUAAACUCGAGUCAAACGGGUAUUCGAGUCAACUCGAGUCAUUUUUAUUGUAACUCGAGUUAUUGGUACAAACGAAUGCAAGUUACGAGGGUAAGGGCGUGAGCGAGUUACGAGCGGAAGAGCGAAACCGAGUUACUUGUACCGAGAUACAAAUUGCGCCAUAUUUGUUUAUUCGAGUAAUCGAAUAUUCCAAUUGUUUUGCUCUCCAAUUUGCUACUGACUCGACUCGUCGCGCCGAAUGUAUGUAACAUGGAGAUUAGAGACCAAGAGGACGAAUACAAUGCUUUAGAAGUAUUUAUAGUUUUUUUUAAAAGUAUUUAUUGGUUUUUGCGGAAUAGCUUCCGCAAAAACGGGUAAAGAUCUUCCUUUGAUAGGCGACGUCACAUUCGCUUGAGGACCACUACUUGAAUAAAGCGUGGGCAUGGAUUUACAGACAAUUGCAAUGCGAUUACAUUGUCCAAAUAAACGAAGAUAAAAUAUACUUAAAAUAUAAGAUAAAAUGUAUAUUUUAUCUAUAAAAUAUUUUUAUACGCAUUUAUUUAUGACAUAUGUGAGUACUGUAAUUAAAAAAGUUUUGGUUUAGGUAGUAGAACGUGAAGUUUUCCGCGUUUUCAAUUUGAUAGGUGUCCCGUGUUUUCUAACAUUCAAAAGAUUGCGUACUCCAUGUUGGUCCUUUUGCGAUAACGCUGCUAUCUGCAGAGAAAAUUUCAAAUUAUCUGUAUCCUUUUUCGGGGAUACGAGCUCUCAUAAGGGACCCUAGGAAGUUCGUCCUCCUGGUCUCUAGUCUUCUCCAUGCUGACAUUAAUCAUCCAUGAGCGCCGCCAUAUUACACUGUUGUUACACUUGCUCCCUGCGAUAGUGGUAAAAGUGUAACGAAAUAAGUGCAGAGUAGUUGUACCGUCAAUCCGACACUGACAAACUGAACACGAUACCCUGGCACCGGGUGCACUGCACUGACCUAUCGAACACGUUCAGUGACUACGUCUCCAUCGUACUCGAAAUCCGGGUAUUUAUCGGGUCCAAACCCAGUAAAUGCAAAUUUAAAUGUCGGUUGAGACGCUCAGGGUCGAAUCUGCGUUAUUAUUAAGGUGAAGUGAAACACCCUUCAAAUCAGUCGAUUUGAAUACAACACUUUUAUUUAAGG